GCUGCCACUUAGAACAUUCAUCUGUAUGUUACAUCGUCGACCAUCACAUUAUCAUCGAAUUGUUGUUCGGACAUCCUCGCGAUAUCAGAUCAAUCUAACAAUACCGAAAUCCGACGCUACUGGUCAGUGGAAUCUUUGACAACCACGCGCGCACUGCGCGUCCAACGCGGAGGAUCCCACCACAUUUCUCGUACUACAAAACAAUCAAGCCAUCAGAAUGAGUGUCAUUCUGUGUACAGCUGGCUAUGACCAUACCAUCAGGUUUUGGGAAGCACUAUCAGGCAUAUGCAGCCGAACCAUCCCUCACCCGGACUCACAGGUGAAUCGUUUGUGUAUAUCGCCAGACAAGCGCUUCCUUGCUGCUGCCGGUCACCAUACCGUGAAGCUCUACGACAUCAAAUCUACAAAUCCCGCUGCCGUCUUAACAUUCGAGGGACAUACCAACAACAUCACUGGACUCGCCUUCCACUGUGAGGGCAAAUGGAUGGUAACAAGUUCCGAAGAUGGCACUGUGAAGAUCUGGGACACUCGCACAGGUCACGUUCAGCGUAACUACAGCCACGGUGUUCCUGUCAACGAUGUGGUGAUCCAUCCCAACCAAGGUGAACUCAUCAGCUGCGACAGAGGCGGCAACGUGCGAAUCUGGGACCUUGCCGAGAACAAAUGCUCACAUCAAUUGAUUCCGGAAGAGGACAAGUCUGUCGCUUCAGUGACCGUCGCAUCUGAUGGUUCCCUCCUCUGCGCUGCCGUCAGCAAUAGCCAGAUAGGCUCCGUCUACGUCUGGCGCAUCAUCACAGCCAAGGAUGUGACGACGCUCGUCCCCGUCACGAAAUUCAAUGCACACAACACCUAUAUCACACGCGUCCUACUCUCGCCAGAUGUCCGUCACCUCGCCACUUGCUCUGCGGAUCACACAGCACGUAUCUGGUCCGUCGACCUCUCAAAUCACAACGCCAUCGCCGCCGGACCUGGAGAUAAGGACAGCAGCGCCUUUGAGCUUGAACAAGAGCUCGAUGGCCACCAGCGUUGGGUCUGGGACUGUGCUUUCAGCGCCGACAGCGCAUACCUGGUCACAGCUUGCAGUGAUCACUACGCACGACUGUGGGAGUUGAGUUCCAAGCAGGUCAUCAGACAGUAUAACGGACACCAUCGUGGAGCUGUCUGCGUGGCACUCAACGACUACUCCGAGACUAGAUAGUUUCUAGCCGAAGGAGUCCAUGUGUCCGGCGAGGCAAAUGAACCGAGGGGUAGGGCACAAAGGCGUCGUCCAAGCCAAAGAUAAAUUUGCGGAAGUAGGGCCCUCGGCUGAGGCUCACAAGCAGAAGAGCUAUUCAGGAGUUUUGGGUCGACACGUUCUCUCGGUCAUGGGCGUUAAAACAGAGGAG